CGUUCCUCCUCCACCACCAUCUCUCUUCUUCUCCUCCUUCUCCUUAUAGCAUUUAUCAUCCUGCAUCCCCAACACUACGUAAUGUCUUCAUAUCUCCCUGACAGCCCCUUGUGCUCCGCAUCCAUAGAUCGUGGCAGGUUGAAACUCGGUGGUGCGUGGCUGUGGAACCAAAAACUACCACCACCACUCCAUACCAGACAACGAUCCCAAUUUUCCAGUUUCCAGACUGCAUUCUUUCCUAGAGCAAAAAAAAAAAAAAAAAGUGUUCUGAUACUUUAACUAACCAUUUUUUUUUAAAGAUUGUUUUGCUCGUAUGUUUAAGAUCUGGUGAUGUUUGUGCAUUGAUAAGCUAUGUCUGCUCUCUGUAUUGCCAGAACUGCAAGGACUGCCACGUUGAGACUUAGCGGCUUCUUGCAGCUUCCUUUAUUUUCUCAUGCUCUUGUGUUAUGAAAUCCCCCACCCCCUCCUCCUAGCAGGAUCGGUGAUCAUUAAUUCCUCCCACAGCAACAGGUAAGGCGGCAUAAUACAUGUACUGCACGGACAGGAGCAUGCAUGUCACUCCCGCCACUUAGUAAACGUGCCGUAACACCUGUUUAACUAACCAUUUUUUUUUAAGAUUGUUUUGCUCGUAUGUUUAAGAUCUGGUGAUGUUUGUGCAUUGAUAAGCUAUGUCUGCUCUCUGUAUUGCCAGAACUGCAAGGACUGCCACGUUGAGACUUAGCGGCUUCUUGCAGCUUCCUUUAUUUUCUCAUGCUCUUGUGUUAUGAAAUCCCCACCCCCUCCUCCUAGCAGGAUCGGUGAUCAUUAAUUCCUCCCACAGCAACAGGUCCCUCCAUUACCACCGACGACUUCGAUGUCUUCCCCACCACCACCCGCAGGCCUUUCAAACCCAAAAUGUGGAGUUACCAUGGCGAUACUGGACCGGAUUUCUGGAGCCUGACGAAUCCCUUAUGCAGCGGAUUUAGACAGUCCCCCCUUAACUUUGGCCUCGCAGGCAUGAAGAACAUGCUGGUGGACCCCUUCAACUUUAAAUACUACGACACUGUGCCCAACAGCAUAACUCUUGAGAACAAUGGACACGCAGUGGUGUUAAUGUUUGAAAUGCCGGGGGACCCACCUCAAUUCACGGGCGGCGAUCUCAACGGGACCUACUUCUUCCGUCAGGCGCAUCUUCACUGGGGCAUGACAAGCCAGGAGGGGUCCGAGCAUCUGAUGAAUUCACGCAGCUACCCGGCCGAGCUCCACAUGGUGCACUACAAGGCUGACUACGGCAGCAUCACCGACGCCUUGCAGCACAGCGACGGUCUGGCUGUGCUUGGGAUCAUGAUAGACUACGGAAAUACGGUGCACCCAGUACUCGCCGCCAUAGCUGCGGAGCUCAAUGAAAUCGUUGAGCCGAAGACCACCACCACUCUGACCAAACCUGUGCCGCUACAAGACUUCCUGCCACAUGACCUCUCCACAUUCUACCGCUACAAGGGUUCCCUCACCACCCCGCCCUGCCUGGAGCUGGUGAUGUGGACGGUUUUCAUGGACAAGCUCAUCACCACGGAGGAAUCGAUGGCGCCAUUCCAUAAGCUCAAGGACGUGCACAACCAACAGUUGUCUGGGAACUUCCGCCCCAAACAGCGUGAAACUGAACUUCACGAGCCUUACAUCGCUCACACCAAAGACUACUAAACUUACAACAAGAGGAGAAAGAGGAAGAGGAGCUAGGAGGAAGAAGAGGAGCAAGAGGCUAGAAGAGCAGGUGUCCCGAACAGAUGUCUUCUUCCAGACAUCGAUAGCAACAAACUCAUAUGCAUUUCUCUAUCACUGUCAUUAUUGUUGCUAUUUUCUUUUUAUCUUUUUUACAUGUGUGUGGUUGCGUGUCCGUAUGAUUCACCCACACGCGCGCUUUUUCUUUUUUUUUUUCUUUUGUCCUCUUAAGUGUUACCGACUGAGUGUAUUUUUAUUAUUUGUUAAUUUGUUUAUAUGCUUAUUUUAUCUUAUCUGUUUAAUGUGUGUAGCUCUACGUACGCGUGUGUGCAUGUAUGUGUUUUCUAUUUUGUGUGUGGCACUGAGUGGAGUACAGAUAAGAGACAGUGCAUUCAAUAAAGGAGAAAUAUAUUGAUAAAAAAGAGGAAUCAUUAGAUCAAGGAAGAAGGUUUAAACUACAGCAAGCAGUAAAAGUUUUAAACUACAACAGAUGGCUAUUAAUGAAAAAAAAUAAAUAAAUAAAUAAAAUAAAUAAAUAAAUCUGCUCGAUCAUUGAUUUCGUUGUAUUUCGAUUAUUACACACUUAACGUGCGCCUGGCUAUCUGUCAUUCAACGAGGGGGAAAGGCUUGGCAGUUAAAAACUUAUUAGUGAUGAUAAUGUAAUGAUGCCGAGAACCAUGGAAAAAAAAAAUGAAUACCUUGAAUGCUACGUAGAAAGUUACAUUAAUUAUGAUGGUACUAAAUAAGAUGGAUUGAAUGAAGUCUGCUUCUCUCUGUCUUGCUGCAUUAACACGAGUCUUAAUUAAACAACUGAGUGAAC